AGGCACAAGAAGACGUCUAGAGAUUGGAAUCAUCCUUGUCUCUCUCUCUCUCUCUCUCUCUCCCUUCUUCGCUCUUUCCUGGUUCCUUUACUUUAAUCGAAUAAUCCAACGACAACAUAAAGAGUUGAAAAAAUACCAUAAUCACUCAUCAUCAUCAGAAUUCCAAGAAGGUGAAUUUAUGAUAUGUUGGUAACAAUGAUGUAUGGGGAGUAGAAGCAGGGUUGGUGUUGAAGAUGACAAGGGAGCAGAAAGAGGGAUGCCGAGCUUUGAUUCUCAGUUGCCCAUUUCAAAUUCACGCUAUACACAGGGGAGCACAAUUGAUUCUUUUCAUGUUUCUGACUUUGGAGCAUUUGAUCAAUCAUAUCGCUUAGAGGAUGCUGUCGAUGUGAGUGGAAACUCAGUUUUUAACUCACUAAAAGUAAGUAGCCAAACAAUUUCUCUGGAUCCUGUUCAAAUUAGUACUCUUGGUAAGUUGCCAACUUCACUUGAUAAAAGCCCAUUGACGAACCAAACAGAGCUGCAUAGGUUGCAAUUACAAAAGGUUCAGUCAUCAAAUCCUGGCACCAUAUUAGGUGGUAAUACAGAAAACCAGGAAGAGUCUGCCAUGGCUGAUGUCAGUCCUCGGACCGAUAUUUCUACAGAUGGUGACACUGAUGACAAGAAUCAGCGGUUUGAUAGAAGUCAAUCCCUUGCCGCUGUGGCUUCUGACUCCAGUGACAGAUCAAAGGACAAAUCAGAUCAGAAGAGUCUUCGGAGGCUUGCUCAGAAUCGUGAGGCUGCGAGAAAAAGCCGAUUGAGAAAGAAAGCCUAUGUCCAACAGUUGGAAAGUAGUCGUUUAAAGCUGACCCAACUAGAGCAAGAGCUUCAGCGAGCUAGGCAGCAGGGAAUCUUCAUAUCAAGCUCGGGUGAUCAAGCACAUACAAUGAGUGGAAAUGGGGCGAUGCAAUUUGAUGCAGAAUAUGCAAGGUGGCUGGAAGAGCAGAAUCGACAAAUUAAUGAGCUGAGAGCGGCUGUAAAUUCUCAUGCAAGUGAUACCGAACUUCGCAUGAUUGUUGAUGGUAUAGUGGCACAUUAUGAAGAGGUUUUUAGGCUGAAAGGUGUUGCAGCUAAGGCUGAUGUUUUCCAUUUGUUGUCUGGUAUGUGGAAAACACCUGCUGAGAGGUGUUUCAUGUGGCUUGGUGGUUUUCGGUCGUCUGAAAUCCUCAAGCUCCUGGUAGGUCAGUUGGAACCUCUCACAGAGCAGCAGCUGGUGGGUAUUACAAACUUGCAGCAAUCCUCCCAACAAGCAGAAGAUGCAUUGUCUCAGGGCAUGGAAGCAUUGCAACAGUCCCUUGCAGAGACAUUGUCCACUGGAACACCUGGCUCAUCUGGUCCAUCAGGGAAUGUGGCAAAUUACAUGGGUCAAAUGGCCAUGGCCAUGGGGAAGCUAGGGACACUCGAGGGGUUUAUUCGACAGGCUGACAAUCUGCGCCAGCAGACUCUACAACAAAUGCACCGUAUACUGACAACUCGCCAAUCAGCUCGCGCACUCCUUGCUAUCCAUGACUACUUUUCGAGGCUGCGCGCUCUCAGUUCACUCUGGCUGGCCCGCCCAAGAGAUUGACGGGUGUGGUAAAUAGUCUGUCAAUUCAAUUUUCAUGGAUCCAUUACCAGCAAUACUUGGUUUGGUCAUCAUAGGUUUUACUCUUAACAAGUUUUCUUGUGUUGUACUUUAGUCUUUGUAUCAUUGAAAUCAGUGUUUUGAUUGAGUCACCCACAUAGUCUAGAAACAGAAUUGGUGACAAGAAGCAUGUAUGUUGUCUAUUACUAAUAAUAUUGUCCAUUGUAAUUGUUGCGGAAGGGCUUUGGUUUUUGACACAAAAAUAGUUGGGCUAUAUGAUAUGUUUUAACGUUUUUCCCAUAAA